AUGUCGUCGUCGAAAGUCCCACCGACGUUUACGACUUUUGUUCAGACGACGACGACGAACGUGAGUGUGAACGUAAACGCCGCUCAACAUCGUACCACUCCGACGAGUGCGCAAAAUUCCACGAAUCGAAUCUCCUCCACCAACGACCAAACCAACGACGAAAGCGCUCAUCAUGGGGUUAAAGUCAUCGUCGGUGAGCUGAACAACAAGUACCAACUGGUUCGAACCAUCGGUCGAGGCGCGUACGGCCAAGUGUACAAAGGCAUCGACGCGUCUUCGAAGAAAGUCGUCGCGAUAAAAGAGAUUUCUUUGGCGGGCGUUUUGGAAAAAGAUUUAACGCUCGUCACAGGGGAGGUGGACUUGUUGAGUUCUUUAAGACACGAAAACGUCGUGCGGUACAUCGAAGCCAUUCGGGACGACCAUCACUUGUACAUCGUUCUGGAGUAUUGCGAGAACGGGUCGUUAGCGUCCGCGUUGAAGAGUUUCUCGUCGUCGAACAGCAUUUCUGGCGGGAUUGGAGGGGUUGGACCGUUUCCGGAGAGUUUAGCCGCCGUGUACGUGUUUCACGUUUUGAAAGGUUUAAGAUAUUUACACGAGCAAGGCGUGAUUCACAGAGACGUGAAAGGGGCGAACAUUUUAUGCACCAGGGAUGGAGUGGUUAAAUUAGCGGACUUCGGCGUGGCGACGAAAGUGAACACGGCGACGGCCACGGGUAAAGUUGGCGACGUUUACCAGAAUAGUAACGGGGAUGAUAAUAACAAGAGCAACAACACUAGUCAUAGCAACGUCGAGAUAGCGCGGUCUCCGAAUGUAGAACUACUGAGAACGAAAAGAGAGGAAGAAGAAACGGCAAAGCUCGUUAAAAGUAGGAGGUCGCAAAUGGCGCUGAAGAAUCGUUUGUCGAAGGAGAAUAGCGGUAGUGAUGCGAGCGGUUUGUUCGACGGCGGGAAACCGGCGCCGCCGAAAAAGAAGGAAAAAGGUGGGAGACGGCAGUCGCUCGGGUCGCCCGGAAAUUCACCGAAAGGAGGAGGUGCCAAGGAGAAUAAGAACAAUAACGGCGAGAUGCGUUUAAAUGCGAGCAACGACGUUACGUUGGAAACGCCGCCAGCGAAAGGCCUUUUGAGAUCUCCCGGCAGUAACAACGGCGGGUCGCCUUCCUCACCUCAACAGUUCAGCGAUAAUGUCGUCGGUUCGCCGUAUUGGAUGGCACCGGAGGUUAUCGAAAUGACUGGCGGCGUUACUACCGCAGCGGAUAUUUGGUCCGUUGGUUGUACGUUGAUUGAGUUAUUGACUACAAAGCCGCCUUAUUUUGAUUUAGCGCCAAUGGCGGCGUUGUUUAGAAUGGUCAGAGACGACAUACCGCCGCUUCCAGCUUCGGGUAUUUCCAAACAGUGCGAAGAUUUUUUGAGACAGUGUUUCCGAAGAGACGCGUCGACGCGACCGACUGCGAGGGAGUUGUUAAAGCACCCGUGGAUUGAAGACGCUCGAAACGAGUUAGCUUCGACUUGGCUUCCGAAAGAAAUCAGAGACGCGCACAACGCUUUAAUAGAAGCCGAUAAUGAACAAGAAGGUAACACUAACGCCAUGCGAAUUGCAGAUGGACUCGCUGGCGCGGUAGAUAAAAUGGUAGUCGACGUGGAGUACAGGGAUUCCAUCUACUUUUCCUCGGAACGACCGAUAUCGACGAUCAACGCGAAUGUCGACGACGAAAAGAACAGCGCGGAUUUGCGGAGAUUAAAGCUCGAGAGACGCGAAUUAAAGAAGAAACUCCGAAAAGAAGGCGACGAAAAACCGGAUUUGAAAAAGUUAACGACGAUUGAUCGCGCGACGGCGGCGCUCAUGGCGGCAGAUGCGGUGUUAGAUAACGAGAAGAAGAGAAACAUACAGGAUAGCAGCGAAUCGGAUUCGAAUCUUUCCUCGGACGAAGAGAGCGAUUUCGAUGACGAUAAAAACGCAAGCGCCGCGACAGACAGAGAGAGCGGUGCGAACGGAAGCCGACCAGGAUAUAAGCGAAACAACAUGCGCAUAGACGUGAAAAGUUUGCCACCGUCGGUUACUGCCAGCGAUAGAGGGACGCUCUUAAAAGAAUGGCUCGAUAUUCGGAGUGGACGGAAACUGGCGGGAACGGCGCACAAUAUCAACAAAAAUCACAGGUCCUCCGCUUUUCGCACUUCGGCGGAUUCGGAUAACGAAAGUUCCGGUCCGUCCACGCCAAAGUCUUACAUAGGGACGCCAGUCUCUCAAAACGGUGGCGAGCAUCUCAGAGACGACCAGAGCUCUGAUCAACAAAACAGAAGCAGCUUUGAAGACGACGGUGAGUUUGCUUUGAACGGCGCGAAGCUCUCCGGCAACGCUUUACUUCGCAUCAAUCGCGGCUUUUCGCGUUCGAGUUCGUUUGAUGAUUUAUAUGGGUCGUACGGCACGUCGCAAUUUGAUGAAGCGCACAUAAACGACGCGUGGGAAUCGCUCGCGUCGGCAAUGGACUUGAAAGACAACGGUGCAGUCGAAAGAGCCGGGAUAUCGGUGAAAGAUUCCAUGGAACGCUACCAUCUCAUGUUCGAUGGAAGCGGGCAUCCGAUCAUGGAAGAGGCCACGCAAGGAUAUCACCAAGAAAAUGGUACCACCGCAACAAAACCAUCAACAAAGACGCACGCGACGUCCUCGCUUGAUGCGGUAGAAUCGUACGGCACGUGUAAAGCUAUCCCCUCGCGCAGAGUGCUGGCGUCCGUGGCGGAUAUUUUGUCCAACGAAUCGCCGGAAUACGAUCGAUCGAGAUGUGUCGCACUCGAAGCGCUCGUUUUCGCCAUGCGUGCGGCGGAUCAAACGAGUCGAAUCGCGUUAGCUAGUGCACUCGUCGCUUUAGAUGUGUGUAGAUUUGCCAGUGCAGUUGCCGCGAAAGACUUUGAAGUGUCUUCUCGGAGAGCGAAGAUUGCGGCUUUAAACUUAUUGGAAUCAGUCGCUAAGUGUCAGGUACCCGCGUUUUCCGCCAUCGCGCCGAGUGUUGCGCCCGGGAUCGCAAAAGCUUUGUCCGUCGGAUAUUUCGGAGAAUCCGGUAAGGCGUUGACGCGAAUAGCCGUCGAUUGCGCUCGGGCCGCCUUUAUCCCUCCAAAACCUCGCGAAAGAAUCCAAGCGGUACGAAUGCGCCAGGCGAUGGUAUCUUUGAAGAGAAAAUUGCAAGACCGAUCGCGUUUCGACGAUAAAGAGUUACGAAACAUCGAACGCGAAAUUCGUCAGUCGGAUAUGGAAAUCAUAAAGGAGGAAGCCGCGCAACUUGACGCGACGUGGGCGAACGUGCGGGCGUUGGCCAAAGCGAACGUCUUUCCGCAUUUGGUGCAAGCGUUGGGUCAAACGCACUUUGGCCAUCUCGAAGAGGCAAAAGUAGCAAACGAAGACCCGGCGACGUUUACGUCCUCAUCGACCGUAACGAACGAAAAAAUUGCUGAUUUCAUCGCCAACUUGUUGAGCAACCAGGCGAUGACAUCGAAAAUGCUUUUCGAAGGGAAAGGUAGCGCGGCCGAAGCCGACCGCGAAAAGAAGGACAAGGACGAAGACGACGAGAAGAAGAAAAAAAACAAAGACAAGUCUACGAACGAUGACAAUAUAGACGGGGGUAACGACGAUGACGAUUCAGACGACGACGAGUACCUCGCUUUAUUGGAGCAAAACGCCAAAAGAACCGGGUUCAAAUCUUUCGAUACGCAAACGAAAAACUUGCUCUGCGACAUCGGCGUCAUCCACGGCUUCUUGGCGCAAAUCUGCGUCGUGUCGAAGAAAACCAGAGAAAAAUUGGCGAAAACGAUCGAGUCUUUGACGGAAAAUGCGGACACUUUAGAUCGAUUACAAAAGUCAGGAUGCAUUCCCAAACUCGCGCAAUUGAUUGAAAUCACGUGGAGAGAAGACAACGACGACGAUAACCAAAUCGGUUAUCUCGGUUUCGACGCCGAACGCGGCUCGAAACGCGCCGGGGUGAUCAACGUCGAUUUACUCUACGAAUCUGUCGCCUGUAACGGUCGAACGCGAGCAGCGGCGUUGCGAGCGAUUCGAAAUCUGUGCGUCGCUUCAAAAUCCUACCAACAACAAGCGGCAACGUGCCACGCGAGUUGGGUUCUGUGCGAAAUCGCCACGAGCGGCACGGAAGCGGAAAAAGACGUCUGUUUGCCUCUCUUGUGCAGCUGCGUUUCCGCGUCUCGAGCGGCGAGAGAAAAGUUGGUAAAACACGGCAUCUUAGACACGCUCGUCUCCGUCAUCGAUCAAGAAGGCAACUGCGAACGCAAAAUUCUCGCUUUACAAGCCUGCGUCGUUUGGCUCAACGCGGAACCUUGGGAAAUCGAAGCGCGUUUACUCACCGCGGACGCCUUGGACGUCUUGGUCCUCGCCUUUGCGUUUUCCAGGAAAAACAAAAGCAACAUCAACGGCGAAAGCACACUCCACGCGCUCGCGAAUUUAAUCGGUGAAUCCAGCCGCCUCUCCCGAGCCGUGAGUGAACAGAAAAACGUCGUCACAUCCGUUCUCGGCGUCGUCCUCGACGAACCUUCCGUUCGAGCGCCCGCGGCGACCGCCGGUUGUAAACUCGCCGGUUUAAAAGCCAUGGGUCACAUACUCGAACACGCGGACACACCGAGAGAUAUCAUGCGCACGCACGAUUUGAAAACAAAGUUAGAACGCUUGGCGAGGAGUAAAACUGAAGUCAUCGUCGCGCAAUUGACCGAUAAGUUGAUGCGACGGUUGAAUAUUAUUUAA